AGUAGUAGGUGGAGCCCCAGCCAAGUUUCCACAACUCACUUUUGGUCAUAAGACAAAAAGCAGCAGAGCUCUCUGAAAAAAACACCAAACACGCAGUUUUUUGUGUGAUAAGUUGUAAUGGGGUUCAGAGAAACGGUUUUGUUAGGGUUUGUGCUUCUUCUCUCAGGUGGAAAUCUCUGUUCUGCAACACAAAACAGCUCCAAUGAGACUCUGAACCAAAUCCCACAAGAACAAUUGACAACAAGCGUUCAGCUGCCAAGAUCACCGCUGACAGCAGCUCAUCAGUCAAAGAUGGAGCACGCUGAUCUGCCCCGUUCUCCCGUCACCUACCGCCUAAAAACCUACCAGCUCUGGAACCCGGCCGUGAGGAAACAAACAGCGGGCCGGCCUGUCGGGGAGCAGAUGCACACUUCUCAAAACCCGCAGAGACCGGAGGCCAGAGAGCUGACCUCAGAGCAGCUGGAGCCGCUGCAAGCUCCAGAGUUGUUAAAACUCAUUCAAGGCCCAGUGCUGAACCCACCUGUCAAGUCAGACUCAAAGGUUCUGAUGCUGGUGUUUGAGCAGCCUGUGUCCGUCCCAGCUGAGAGCGUGGCGGUGCGCUGUGGUGAAGACGAGGUCACUGUGGAAGUCAAACAGAACUUCUUAGGAAACGGUCAGUUGAUCCGUCCAAGUGAUCUGACUUUAGGAGGCUGCGCUGCCCUCCACGCCUCUUCCCCCAUCCUGCACUUCCAGACUGAGUUGCCUGGCUGCGGCAGCACCGUGACGAUGACUGAAGAAGCCCUCAUCUACACUUUUACUUUGAAGUACACUCCGACACCCAUUGGCAACACCUUCAUUUUAAAGACCAACCCUGCUGAGGUGUUAAUUGAAUGCCACUAUCGAAGGAGGCAUUAUGUGAGCGGCGGCGCUGUGAGGCCUACCUGGAAGCCGUUUGCCUCCAACAUGUUAGCAGAGCAGCAGCUGCACUUCUCCCUGCGCCUCAUGACAGAGGACUGGCAGUCGCAGAGGCCUUCCAGUGUUUAUUUCCUGAGUGACGUGAUGCACAUUGAAGCGGCGGUCCUCCGGGGUCACCACAUCCCACUGAGGGUCUACGUGGACAGCUGCGUGGCCACUGAGAAGCCCGACCCCAACUCUAAACCCAGAUACCCCUUCAUCACCAACUAUGGGUGUUUAAGUGAUGCUAAGCUGACAGGAGCCAAGUCUUACUUCAUGCAGAGGAGCCAGGAGGAUAAACUUCAUUUCCAGCUGAAAGCUUUUAAAUUCCACCAAGAUCACAGGAAUUCAGUCUACAUCACGUGCCACCUGAAAGCAACCAAGCUCUCCGUCCCCAUCGACUCCCAACACAAAGUGUGUUCAUACUUGACUGAAGCUCAGAGAUGGGUAGCAUCAGGUGGAGACAAUAAGGUGUGUGACUGCUGUGAGACCAGCUGCAGCGCGCGGAAACAGAAAAGGAGCCUUGCAGCAGAUGCUGAGCUCGCUGCAGAGCUGCAGUGGGAGGGGACGGCGGCUCUGGGCCCCGUCCUGCUGCUGGAGGAGAACAUCCCACCGGAGGAGCCGACUGAGCUGUCGGGGCUCCAAGCACUCCAAGUGACUCGAGCUGCCUCCUAUUCAUCCAUGGCCCUGCUGUGUGGAGUGGGGGCAGCUCUGACUGGGGGGGUGCUGGUUUUUAUGGGUGCUAUCGUUUGCAGGAGAAAAUACACAAAACAGUAAAACAUUUCUAACCAAGCUUUAUCUGUCUUUUAUUCUUUGUUCAAGCAAAAAAGGACCUAAUGGUCUUAGUACGGAAGCCCUGAGAGGCAAGAGGAAAAAAAUAUAUUUUAGCCAGUGUUUUUUU